AUGAAACGAUUUAUUGAUCAUAAGCUGCGGCUCAAGACUACUGUCAGUCACCGGUGUUUGAGUGCCAUCACAACCGAUACUACGAUUUCAAUCAAACCCGAGUUGAUUACCGGCGCCGACAAUGUCCUCGAUCUGUCCUCAGCCACCGGAUCCGCAUUAGUGGACACGAUUGCCACUAACAGUGAUCUCCCGCUCACCGCACUUGGUUUGGCCUCCAAUUACACGCCAAUCGGCUGGACAUUACACUUAUUAGAGGGCAUUCAUGACGUGCUUCCCUGGUAUGCGACCAUCGCUUUGGCCACUCUCUGCCUCCGGUUAAUUAUGUUUCCACUUGUGAUCAAAGCCCAGAGGAAUGCGAUGAAAAUGAACCAGGUGAUGCCUCAAUUACAAGAAUUGCAACAAAAGUCCACAAAUGCUCGGCUCUCUGGCAAUCAAUUUGAGUUCGCCAAAUACGUUCAGCAACAACAGGACCUGAUGACCAAGAAUGACAUCAGCCCUUUCAAGAGUAUGUUAGUGCCAUUGGCUCAGGCGCCCGUUUUUGUAACAUUUUUCAUGACUCUGAGACGAAUGGCUCAGUUUCCGGUCCAGUCGUUGAAAGUGGGAGGAAUUCUAUGGUUUGUUGACCUAACAGUUCCCGAUCCG